AUGUCUUUGAUUCAUUUCCUUAUCCUUUUACAGAUUUUUUGGACAUUUACAGAAGCAAAAAGUAACUGCAAUACGGGAUUUUGUCAAACAUAUCCCUUCGAUGUUUAUGGAGAUGCAGUGCAAGAAAAAGAGCUUGUUGGCCAUGUUUUCCACAACUCUGUUACUUCAAGCCCAGUUCAGUGCUACUUGUUGUGUAAAGACGACUGUAGAUGUUUGUCGUUCAACUACAAGGAAAUGAACGACGCCAAAUACUGCGAGUUGAACGAUGCAAGCCAUUUCACCCACGACAGCUUUCUUAAACGUUCUGCAGGAUCCCGUUAUUACAACAUGCGAAGGUUUUUUCACCAAAAGAGAGAAACGUCUUGCGUUGGUGACGUCACAUGUACUAAUGGCUGCUGCAGAAGCAGUCCGUGCCUCAAUGGAGGAACCUGCACUGAGAUCUGUGAGCCCACAAGUGUUCGGUACAACUGUUCCUGUCCAGUAGCGUUUUCUGGAAAACACUGUGAGACUCAGCUGAAGAGCUGUCAGGACCACAAAGCAGCCGGGUCCAACUCUUCUGGAUUGUACACAGUCAGUGUUAACAACAUACAAACCUUCCAAGUGUUCUGUGAUUUCAAUUCAGAGCCUGGGUUCGCUUGGAACCUGAUUGAAUCAUUCAGUCUGUCAAACAAAGGUCAAUUCCAGGAAGACAUCGUGUUUUACGAGGACUACCCAGCCAUCAGCGGUGAUGCCCCAAAUUGGCAGGCCUACCUCAUCAAACGACCGUACCUCCUUUGGCUUAGAAAUCACUCGACUCACUGGAGAGCUACCUGCCGAUACAACACAGAUGGCAUCGUAUAUACAGAUUACGCGAGAGCCUCGCUUGAAAAUUUUGAUUUCAUCAGAGACGUACCCACGGUGGUUAAUGUCUGUCGACCUUACGAAUAUGUGAACAUACGGGGAAAUGAGUGUGUGAAUUGCACAACGAAGACAUGGUACAAAAAAGGAGAUUAUCCUCUCCAUAUUGAUAGUUAUUACCAGGAUGGCUGUGAUUUCAAUGGAAGCAGAACAGACGCGGCUGUGUAUAGCGAGGACAACUUUGGUCUUUAUUAUGAUGGUUAUAUAAAUCCUAAAUUCCGUUGUACUUCAAGCGAGAAUGACACCACCCAGAUUUGGAUUGGAGGCAAGUAAUUUCCUCAUAUAAGAAUACACCUGUAGUGUUCGUUGAAAGAAGUUGGACAUCUUAAAAAUCAUUUAGACAUGGUUACCUUUAAAAUGUGAUCAGUUUUACUACACGCCUGAUCACCAGCUGAGUAGUUUUGCAAGUAAGCAGUUUACAGGCUCGAAAAAACCUGAGUAAUAAUCCUCGUCUGAUUUCUGAUGCACGUAAAUAUAACAGUCCCUUUUCACUUUAAAUAUGAAAAUUACAUGGUUUCUGUAUCUCCUUAAAGUAUUAUUACUUUACAUCACAGCUAAAUGAGCAGUUUGUAGGUUUGAAACAUGUUUGCGAGAUUUUUUAGCUCUGUUAAUACAUAUGCAACUUUGUUUUGAUCUAAAUAAGAGCGAGGGGGUCUGUUGAGACGAUGUCAAUUUCCGUAACUGAACUGUUUACUAACGAAUAACUACAAUCAAUUGUUGUAUCAUGAGAAACUGGUCACUAUUUAUCACCUGAGCGGGGGAGGGGAGGGGGGGGGGAGUGUUGAGAGAUCUAAAUAUUUCACAAUAAAAGUUACCUGAUCCUCCAAAGGCUCUGUAAUAUUCAAAUGAUCCCGCCUCAUUGGCAAUCAAUUUUCUGUAGUCUCCACUCAAUACUCUGUUAGCGACGACUGACCCCCUCCUCUGUAAUACCCCCAAAUAAAUUCCUUCUGCCCUUCCACCCAGGCAAUAAAUAAUGACUGAUCUCUAAUAUAUUCAUUAAUUCAGUCUUUAAAAUUGAGUGCUUCGAGCGCACUUGAACAUUUUCUUGAAUUACGAAUUUGUCUUACAAUUGUUUUAAUAAAAAUAGCUUUUGGCUUUUAAGGGUGAGAAGAGGCCGUCUUUCUACGCUGCUUUACAAAAACAAACUUAAACCAGAAGGUAACUCGUUGAAACAAA